GACUUACCGUGGUCUGGCUUUAAAUGUAUUAAAUUCACGUGCUUCGUCAAAUGACAGCAACUGCUAGAAAGAGGACGAAAACACAAUUUAUCUCAGCAGCGGUUAGCUGUGUGUUAAAUUUAAUUACCGGGACGUGGAUGACUUCUAAAUGAAACUGAUCGUCCCUUGAGCCGCCUGAGUUGUGCUGUUAGCUGCUAAGCAGAAAACUUCCGGAGAACUGUUCAGCUACUUGCUUUAGUAACCAGAGAAGCUCUUUGCGGGAUAUGCUGUCAGAUCCCCUGAAACAACUGAAAGAUCUAACGCAGCUCAAAAAUCAGUUGGAAGAGAUCCAGAGGCGAGUAGAGAACGAAGUGUCCGCAGGAAUCCCUCAGGGAGGCUCUGUGCUGGGAUCUCCUUUUCUGAAGGGCUUUUUGGCUGGUUAUGUGGUGGCCAAGCUUCGCUCUUCUGCCAUCCUGGGAGUUCUGCUGGGAACAGUCACUGGCAUUUACGCAGCUCAGAACUAUGCAGUGCCCAACAUUGAAAGGACUGUUAAAGAGUAUAUGAACAGCUUGAAAAAAGGACCAAAGUAAUUUGGGCUGACUGCCAGUCCUGUCAGUGACAUAAUACGCACAAGAGGAAGAAACACUCUUGCAGCUGCUGGCUCAUGACAGGUCAGAACGCAACAUUUUGUGUAAACUGGAUAAUGGAUAUAAUCAUUUAACUGGAAUUUUGCUGGGGACUAAAAAAGACUUGCUUUUUUUAAACUUG